AUGGAAAGUAAGAGAGUGAUGGAUUUAGAGGAGAUUAAGGGGGUUUUAGGUACAGAGGAGGGGAGAGCAUCGUUAUUGACGACUCUUUCUCUUACAAUCAAGAUUCUUCCUUAUUUUGGAUAUGCGGACCAAUGUAGAACUUUAAUGACACAGCUCAGGUCAGAGUCCAGACAGCUCUGGCUUUCUAACGAAGAUCAAUGGCUCAAGCCUUUAAUUAAUGGCCAGGAGGAAGAAGUAUUCCAUAUUCAGAAGAGGAAUCUAUGGGUCGAGAAUCUAAAAGGUCCUUCAAAUUCUGAUGAUGAGGUAUCUCCAGAUUCACAAAUGAUGGAGCUGAUACAUGCAGGUACUUAUAAACUAUACUCCCUCAUAUUCUGCCUUGAUGAUGAGAACCUCUCAAGCCUUGAGACUAUUGCUAAUUUCUGACAAAUAGUGGAUCCAGAAUUGUUAAAAGUUGGAAGCAUGUAUAUUUCCACUUUGAUAAACAAAAUUUCUAACUUUGAAUUUCUAAUGAAAAUUUCUAAAGCUCUUCAGAUCGAAGUGAAAGAGUAUAAAGUUGAUAAAGCAACUUACUAUCAAUUUAAGAACCCACCAUUCAUUAUUUUCAACACAAGCCAAUUCGAUGGUGCUAAAAACCUCUAUGUUUGCUCAGAUGAUUGGAAUCUGCCAGAUGAUCAUAGCGAGCAAAUGCUAAUUGACAAAAUGCGAAUUGGCUUCCUUGAGCUUCCUGAACUUGUAGAGUUAUUAACAGAAUUACUAGAAAUUAUGACCACGGAAGCUCUUUCGAAGAAAAUUGAAGAUUCUGACAUUAAAAUAAAACUACAUCAGGACAAUAUUGUCAGAGAUAAGGGUUAUAUCCAGGAGCUCUCGAGAAUAUUAGAGAGCCUAAAAUUCAAUGAAGAAGGUGCUAAAGGUUCUCUCCCAAACUUCGGAUUUUUAUGUGAAGGAUUGUUUAAAGACGAAGAUGAGUCCAUGCAGCCAAAUGAUCUUGACGUAAUUCCUUUGAUAUCAAAUACGCUAAACAAUAAAGGAUUGCCAACCAGGAUUGCUAUGAAUCGAGCAAAUUAUGAAAAGCCUACUAAAUAUGAGAUUAAAGGAGCCAAUUGCUUGAUCAGCUACAACAACUGGGCUAUGAAAGCCACCAACUUCUAUCUAAGAGUGACAACUGAUUAUACGAUUGAUGGGAACUGUAUCGUAUUCGGAUCAAAUGAAAAUGCUUUCUAUGCAGAUGUCAAUGAAAAAGCGAGCUUCAAUGAUCUUGAGGAACACAAAUCCUUAUCCCAAGAUCUAAAAAUUUACAUUCCUUUUGAGGAAAUUACAUCUGUCAGAUGAAAUUUAAAAUCCCUCAGUAGAAUACUCUCUGUAGGGUCAGUUCAGAAAUUGUCAAAUUUAGAUAUAAAGAUCGAUCCUACUGAUCUUAGUGAAGAAGACUUUUGUGAAAUUGUCCAAAGCAUUCCUAAAUCUACGAAAACAGAGGUAGAGAUUAUUGAUCCUGGGUUUGAAAACAACCAGCAAGAACAGAGUAAUGACAUAUCUUUUAAAGCUCUUCACAAUCUUAGCUUGGAGGAACUCAGAGUCAACUAUGAAAUUAGCAACAAGGAUUCGUUAUCCUCAUUAAUUUCACUAUUAAAACAACAGACAGCUCUUAAUACUAUCUCUGUCAAAAUCAGAGCUUCUGAGAUUGAAGAUGCAAACCUCGCCUUCAAAUCUUUACUAGGAGCUAUCUGAAGCACACAUUGCUUAUAUAUUGACAUUUCAGUGUCUGAAUCAACUCCCGAGAUGGCCAAUACCUCUAAACAGCUUGUUAAGGACAACAUCACCAAGGACAUUUCCAUCUCCCUUAACCCUCUCCCAGAGAAACAUUCCCCAACAAAGCAUUCCAAAAACACCAGUUACAAUAACUCUAGUCCAAGAUCCCAAAAAUUCCUUCCCAAAAUAUCAAUAGAAGACCAUUUCAAGAAAUUACAGAACAAAUUCAAAUAA